UUCCUUUUCCACAUUCCAUUGUUUCACAUUGUUUCCUUCUACCACGACAACCACGUUUCUAUUGUUUUCUCUCAGCGCGAGGUUAUGGUGAACGUUGUAAAGAAAAGAAAACUUAACUUCGUAAAUCUUCUAACGUUAUUGGAAAGAAUUGUGUGACGAACCAAACGGAGGGCUGCUUAGAAGGCUAUCCUCUUUACUUUUAUUCACACAGUAGUACUUGCUAGGAAGACUACGUAACUUUUUCUUUAUAUUCGUCCCCACACAAAAACGGAAAACUCUAGAUCUUUUUCUUUGUUUAUUAGUUAAAAUGUUAAAUAAAAUAACCAAUAAUUUACAAGUGCAUUAAUUAACUGGCUCAAAAUUCUCCCAAAAUAUCACCAUUUUAAGAAAACUUUGUUAUUGUCCUUCACCUUAUUCCGUCUUAGGUUCCUAAGGUUGCCAAGCACUGGAAGGAAGUUAAAGAAAGCGGUGUUCUCUCCAUGGAACUGGUUGAUCUUGUGUUUUCCAACUUUCUCCUGAAGGGUGUUGCCAGGAGAGACAUUCUUGAUUUGAUGGAACAAUUUGGAUUGAUUGCAAAAUUUUCAUCUUCAAAGACGGGUGAAAAGUACUUUGUUCCAUCUCAACUCAAAGCUUCGCCUGAUUCCCUUUGUUCCAUGGCGCCUACAAGGCUGGACCCAUGUCCCCUGUAUGUUUACUUUGUCAGCGGUUCUGUUCCUCAUGGUCUGUUUACACGUCUUGUUUCUCGAUCUGUCCGUUGGUGUUCUGAAGCUGGUCCAAGUCAGCCCCCUACCCUGUUCCACAAUGGAGCGUGGUUUGUUAUUGGGAAGCAAACUUUCCAUGAUUUUGUUCUUAUUUGUAAGAAGCAGUUUAUUAAGUUUUUUAUCAAGCAAAGAAACCAACCUCAGCAGAUCUCAGUAGAUGACACAAGUGAGGUGGCAGUGCAGGUUCGUGAGUUUGUGGAGGCAACUUUGCAAGUUUUGUCACGUGAUCUCUAUAAAGGUGGAUUGCAGUAUCAUAUUCGGGUCGCCUGUCCGUAUUGUCAGCAGGAAAAAUGCUCAAGCCAUAAUCAGAUUGCAUGUCCUCAUGAAGAUUGUCUUCACCUCCUUGAGUUACGACAAGGCGAUCCUCUGAUUUGCAAGAAGAAACCUGCAGAGGAGGUACUCACAGUUACGGGACAAGAACAGUGGUUCUCACAAAUAGAAAGUAAGGUAGGUAGCAGUGAAAUGCAAUCUCUAGCAGUGCUGUUAGCAUAGUGCAUAUCAAUCGAAUACACAGACUACUUAAAAUUGUGUCUUUAUAAAGACUAGCCACAGUGACUGUAGCCAUGUAUUUAAACUAAAGAGGCUUCUACAAAGUCCAUGGAUGUGCUUUGUUAUAAGGUUAUAGUAUGAGGUUUAACGUAUGCCUUUAUUUAUCCUACCACGAGCUCCACUGGAGUGUAAGACAAGACUUUGUUGCUAUCAACUUAGCGAACAUUGGUGCUUAAAAUCAAGUAAGUUGAUAAGGUCAAUUGGCUACCAUGUAUUAAUAAUUGUUAUUGGCUUCUAGGCAUAGCAGUUGGUAUAUAACUUUUUCUCAAGGUCUUUGUAAAUGUGCUGUUUUGCUUUGCGGUUGAGCAAUAAGUUUGUAGCAUCUACCGUGUUGAUAACAUGUUUUGCAAACUUUCAUUCAAAAAGCCCCUAGAUAUUAAAUUUCUAUUUUAAAGUAUCCAAUUUUGGUUCCUAUGCAGGAAGCGUGUUCUCCAUCAUCAUCACCUGAUACUGCACAGGUUCGUCCAGAGCGUCUGGUACUAAAAGUUACCCUUCUAGCGAAUGAGUGGGGCUCGUCCAAGGGUGGCUUGUCAACAAUAAACAGGACUCUUGCCAUACAUUUGGCAAAAGACGAAAACGUAGAAGUGACCAUUCUUGUACCUGAAUUUGAGUGUGGAGAAAAACACAAGAGAGUUGCCAAAAGUCACAACAUUUCCAUCAGGGAAGCAGGGCAUCUACCUGGCUUUAGUGAUCCUCUUGACUGGUUGAGCUAUCCACCAGAAGACCUUGACAUUCAGGUUGUGAUCGGCCAUGGAGCAAAGCUUGGUAGACAAGCACAGAUUAUCAGAAAGUCUCAUCGAUGCAACUGGGUGCAGGUUGUUCACACUGAGCCUGAAGAGCUGGCAAUGCAUAAGAACUAUCCAAGCGCCAUUGCCAAGGGAGAAGGGAAGAACAGAGCUGAAGUUGACCUUUGUCAAAUUGCAGAUCUCGUUGUAGCCGUUGGGCCCAAGUUGAAAGAAGCGAUCUCGUCCCAGUUGCGUUCAUCUCGUCGAGAAAUCUUUCAAUUAGUACCAGGUUCCUUUACAGAGUUUUCAGAUGUUGAGCAUUCUGAACAAGAGAAUGUAAAUUUCAAAGUGUUAACCUUCGGUCGCUGUGAUUUCGAAGACUUCAGUCUUAAAGGAUACGACAUUGCCGCUCAAUCCAUAGUUGAAUUGAAGGACAGCUCCUAUAGUCUUGUUUUCGUUGGUGCAUCCGAUGGAAGGCAGGAUGACGUCGCAGAAAUCUUACUCCAGACUGGCAUUUCAAAGAACCAGCUGAUUGUGAGAUCAUUUGUGAAAGACAAACAAAGAUUGAGAGAGUUGUUUUGUGAAGUCGAUCUGGCCAUCAUGCCAUCAAGAACUGAGGGGUUUGGUUUGACAGCAUUGGAAGCCAUGUCAGCCGGUCUUCCCAUUCUGGUAAGUGGAAACUCCGGAUUUGGAAAAGCACUGCGUGGUCUUCCAAUGGGUGAGUCAUUUGUGAUCGACUCUGAUGACCCCAAGGAAUGGUCCAAGGCAAUUGCAGCCAUCCGUCAAAAAUCAAGGACAGAGCGGCUUGAGGAAAUCCAAAGACUGCGAAGAAGUUAUGAUAAAAGUUUUUGUUGGGAGGAACAGUGCCAGGCCCUUGUUGACAGGAUGUGGAAGAUGGUCUAUGGUAAGAAAUCAAAUUUACCGAUAGAAAAGUAACGAUAAUAAUAAUAAUUAGUACUUGAUGAUUUUCAAAUGCGUAUCUUUUCAGUAUUAUCCUCCAUUUGACCUUCAUAAUUUAUCGCUGUAUGUUCAUUGCUUCUGCAAUAGCGAUUGCAUGAAUACAUUUUUACUAUGUUAUGUUUCGUGGUCUAUGUGCAUCCCAGCACAAAUAUUUUUAAAAAGUAGGUUGAGUUUGAUCGUCCGCGGUGAACGUAGUCCUGAAUAGGACUGUUGUUGGUGACAGUGACUGACGUUUCGACAACCUGUGCGGUAGUCAUCUUCAGAGUCAAAGUGAGUUGUAUCACGUCAGUUGACGGUAUUAUACCCUGGUUAUUGAUCUGAUUGGUCAAUUACGUCGCGAUGUUAUUGUUCGUCUGUCAGUUAAGCAGUGAUGUUGUUGGCUAUGAAGACUCGUAAUCAGUAAUUGGUGCGUUUCGGUCCGUCUAUUGUCACAGUUAAACAGUCGUCUAUUGUUAGUCAAAUUGUCAUUCUCUCGUAGUUAGUUUUGCUUGAUCUCGUCAAUAAGUCGUUUGUACGGCGCUGGUAACUGUUGGCUACGAUUCAGUGGCGUUUGUUCUAAGUUCUACGUUCACCCGGACGAUCAAACUCAACCUACUUUUGAAAUGACUCCUGGGUUCAAACCUUUCACAGUUUUACAAAUAUUUUUGGUUAACUUUUAUCCUUAAUGUUGGGAUUCACAUUCUCCACACUGUUCUUCAUACAUUCCUUGGGUUACUGAUGAGGAGAUUUUGUUUAACAAUCAAGAUAUCUUUUUACCGGCUGAGCAAUUCCAUUUUUUAAAACUUUCACGUAUAAAUUUAUAACAUAUUGGCUACAACUGAAAGAGUUAACGAUAAAUUAAAAUUUUAACUCUAUAAGAUUGCGAUACAUCAAAGUCAUCUGAUUUCUAUUCAUAUCGAGCAGCAAUGGUGGGUUGUCACAAAAAAUGAAGGCUGGAAUCGUUCAUUUGUUUUACAGAGUGGCAUAGUUUUCUGUAAAUCAUCAAUUUUUUCAACUUUACAGGUCUUGAAGAAACCAAAGAAGAUGACGUUCCACAGAACGACUGUGAAAAAGAUGCUGCAACAGGACCGAUAGCAGGUAAUUUCAUUGUUUGCUUUGUCAAUUAAACCAAAGACAAUUAAUUUUUGCGGUAGAGUGAGGUUAUUUUCUUCUGUUAAACCAGGGUACUUUCGAUUUUUCGGGUGCUUUUAGCUUUUCAAUGCUUAGUGUGGCAUCUCCAAGUAAACUGACGUAAAUAAUGUUUCCCUCUCCCGCUUACAGGCCAAACCAUUUAAAUUUACUGCCAAUUUUAAUUUUUUGCAGGUGUUGAAAAAAACCGAGAAGAUGACGUUCUAAAGAAUGACUUUGAGAAAGAUUCUGCAUCAGGACCGAUGACAGGUGAUGUCAUUGUUUGCUUUGCCAAUUAAACCAAAGCCAAAAUAUAUUUUUGCAGUAGAGUGAAGUUAUUUUGUUCUUAUAAAACCACAGUAAUUUUUCUGAAAUUGUCGACUGUUUUAAGCUUCAGACCAGCGCACAGUGCUGCACCUGUUUUAUGGAACUCGCUGCCAUUGACUAUAAGAACAAAAUAUAGCUGCCUCGCCAUUUUUAAAAAGCAUCUUAAAACAUUCCUUUUUAGGAAAGCUUAUAAUCUACUAGAAUGAUUCUGAAGUUUAAUGCUUGAAUAUUUUCAUUUAAUUUUGUAUAGAAUUUUAGACUUUUAUUUUUUAGAUUUUUGCAUAGCAUGGAAUUUUUUUAUUAUUGUUAUUGUUAUUAUUAGCUUUUCAGGAAUUUUUUUAAUUGUAACUUAAUGUUAAGCGCUUUUGAAUAUUUUAUAGUUGUAGCACUAUACAAAUUCUUUAUCAUCAUCAUUAUCAAUAUCUCCUAUUAAACUGGCGUGAAAUAACCUCUUCAUGUAUCUUAUUUUGUGUUUUUCAUCUUCCGCUUACAGGUGAACCCAUUUUCCUUGCACUUCAACAAAUCCUGUUGGAAGCACGCAUAGAGUCCAGCAAAACUGAGCUGUCGCAUGCUUUAAAGACGACUGCGUUGGACAAAGGUUUUGCGAUUUCCGACAAUCAAGGGGAGGGGAACUGCAUGUUUUUUGCACUUUCAGAACAGCUUGACCUCAUCAAAGGAAUUCAAAUGUCCCAUGAUGAGUUACGCCGAACUAUUGUUCAACAUCUUCGGGAAAACCCUAGGCUGGUAAGUACCUUAUUAUUUUUGCUUGGGUGGAUUUAUUUGCAAUCUAUGCGUAAUCCGUCGCAUUGGCACGCUGAAAUUUUUUUUGUUGUUUUUUAAGGUUAAAAGCAAUGAGGUCUUACUCUGACGAAUCCGAAAUACGCGUCCACACGUAGCGUAUUUGAAUUUUUGCGCUACGAUAACAUCCCUUACAGAGCAAAGGCAGUACUACUAACACAUAAUGUAUCACAUCAUUGUAUUAGAAAACCUCUGUUUCUUCCGUCCACACAUAAAAGAGAAUUCGGCGUUUUCAAAAGUCCACUCUGGGGACCGCUUUCUGGGGACCUGUUUUUUUGGUGCCCCAAAAGGCCGUUUUCGUGUGGACGGAAGGCUAAAAAUACCCCGAUACGUGUGGACGGGGCCUUAAAUUCUUGCAGCCAAAUGCUACGGCUUUACGGGUAUGAUACAAAUGAAUCCACCCUUUAUGAGCAAAACAUCAGCUCUGCACGAGCAUCACGCUUAUUUGUAUUUUGCUUCGUCUUCUGCUGCACGACGUGAAACUUCCUAAUGCGACGUUUUGUGGAGGACCUCGAAAGCAUGGCGACGAAAUAUUGUUAUUGGAUCCGGAUGCUGCCCUCAGAAUUCAAAUCCAGGAAAUUUCUUCUACUUUUUUUAAUUUGGAAAACGUUACAUAAGCGCCAUAAAGGUUUAAAAUAAAGCAAAUUCAUUUCCUUUAAUCACGUUUUUGACUCGGAGGCGUAAAUGAAAACAGAUUUUAGGAAAUCUGUUUCUGUCGCCUCGAUCGUCUGACUCAUGUCCUAAUUUUUUUAUAAGUACUAUGGUAUUUUGGUAAGAAUGAAAUGUUCACCAAAAGCCGCUUUGUUCGAACAGCAUAUGUCUACUUAGUGAAAUGAAGUGAAUACUUUAUUUAAAGAGGGGAAGACUUGACAAGUAACCUGGUGCUUAAUGGUCAGUUACAAAAACAACUCCAUACUUACGGCUAGAAAAAACGAAUGAUUAUACCGAGUCUGGAUGGAUGGAACACCAAAGAAACUAUACAAGACGAGACUAAUACAGUGACUGUGAAAAUCAUUAACUCAAGGUGAUCAAAAGUCAGUUCAUGAAUCAUGAAUCUGGAGGAAAAUCCUUGUAGGAAUCAUGAAUCAAUGAGGCAAAAAACGACACGAAUCAUGGAUAUCAAACUUCAAAUGAUUCCGCUUCUUUCCCCGAUACAGAAGCAUAGUAUGAACGGAUAAACUUGAGAUCCUCAAUACUUGUUAUAUUUGUAGGGUCAUUUCUGACCCAACAUACUGGUUUACAAGUCGAAAUUUCCAAACUUUUAUUUUUUCAUAGUAAACACCUCUUCCCCUCUCUCUUACACGUGUAACGGACACCUCCCUAAAACCUCCUAAAGUACUUUCCUGAAAGUGUUGGUCGCUGCCGUUCUUAAUUGUUUUUCUUGGAGAGAAAGAGAGUAAGGAGAGUAGUAUGGGAUGCAAACGUUAGACCUCGUUUUUGAAGUGAAAUCUCUUUAGUAUAAAGGGUAACAAAUAAAUGUCAAUGGCAUCUUUAUCUCUUGAAUAAAAUGCGGUAGAAUCCCAUCAACAUAACGUCACGAGCUAUGGGAGGGAUGUAGUGUGCAGGGAUCAUGUUCUUAUUCGGUUAGUAUGCUAUCAUAGUCUAUUUUAUUGUCCAUUGCAGACAACCUUUUGGCCUGGUUCCGGUUCACUACUAAGGUAGACAUAUCUGCUCUAGUGCCGAUACCAGCGGGGUCCGCCUUAGAGAGAGCUGACAGCGCAGCUGCCUGAAUAUAUACCUUCUACAAUUUCUCUAUUAACUACAGUAUUUUCUUUUUUUCUUACAGCCGGAUGGGACAAAACUAUUUCAUUUUGUUGAUGGAUAUCCAUCUUGGGAUGCGUACCUCACAAGCAUGUUGGCAGAUGGUACAUGGGGUGAUCACGUGAUUCUACACGGCGCGGCAAACUGUUUUCAAACGUGCAUCCACGUGAUUAGCAGUCUUCCGCAUCGCCAUGACGUAAUGAUCUGCCCAGAGUUUGAUGUUACUGGUAGCAAGCGGCUCGUGCUGGGUCACCUGCACGAGCUUCACUAUGUUAGCCUUAUUCCACAGAAAGAGGGUAAAGAUGUCUGAUUAUAUUGCGAUUCAAGAAUUGCUAACUCGCGAUAGCAAAUUGAAGACACUUGAGUUGAACAACUGGCUGAACCUUUAUUGUGGCAAGUUAUUUGCAAAGAUGCUGGCAAGAAACAAGAUGUCUUUUAUUCAUAUGUACAGUUUUAUAAUCCGUCUAUGUUAUUAUUACGGUACAAAUAGCCAUAUAAAUAGACUAAGUAUUCAUAACAAAACAUUUUUGGUUUCAAAAAAUUAAUACAGCCCCUUCAAUUAGUUUGAUAAAGUACUGUAGCAUUCUUAAUAAAACUUGGUUUUUAGGGCCACCACCUUGCCAGCAGUCCUCCGUAAAUACUCCACCAUUAGAGCGUGUUGUAGUGUAAGACGUAGCAAAAUGUGUGUACUUGUAAUCAGCUUGUUUCUGUGUCUUCGAGUGAAUAACUGUUGCUGAUGAUUGUUACUCCGUUUGCGGCGUGUUUAAACACUUAUGCUGUGUUUACACUCAAGCGUUUACCAAGGUAAACAUUAACUGACUAAACCCUGGUACAUUUGUACAGUGUUUAUACGGGCUCAAAUAACUAAGGUAAGUCUGUCAUCAAUCACAAUCUAAUCGAAUUGGCGGCAAAUUCUAAAUCCACGCAUAAAUGCUCGCGUUUAAAAGAGAAGCUGUGGCUCUUGUAGUCCUCGCGUUUUAUUUUCUUGUUCUUGAUCAGCAAACCCAGGAAUCGAGUUUGCAGCAGCUCUUACUUUUGCAGCACCUAAAGAGGUGGAGGCGAAAGCGAUUAAUUCUGCUACAAAUUGCCCUUCGCAAGACAAGGCGCGUUAGACGUGCGUGGUCGUGGCCGAGAAACCAAUUCUGGUUCGAAACUCUAUUAAACGGAAAUUUUGUUGAAGAAUGGUGUGUCUUUUGUGUCUUUGGUUUUUGCCAUAACUUCUUCGUAGACCGAAACCAAACGUGGAAACCUGGUCGAAAACCUAGUCUCGAAAACCUGGUCUCGAAAACGUGAUCGAAUGAGCCUGACGCAAUCCCGACACCACAGGAUUUGAAAUUCUAUGCGACCGCAAGCGGAUGUAUCUGUCAUCCAAACCUUGGUUACCGACCUUAACCAUGCCUUUUCGCAGGGCAAACCGAACUUUUACCUUAGUUAACUUUCUAUUGUCUUGAGCGGUGUUUACCAGGGUAUCAGUUGGCGUUUACACACGCAAAAUAUUUACCUAGGUAAGUUAACUCCAAUACCUCGGUAGCACGCUCAAGUCUAAACACGGCAUUAGUCUUACCGUCUGCAAGUAGACGAGUCAGAUUUUUUUUUCUGACAUUUUCAUUAGUAUUUAGGUGUUAAGAACAGCUUCUGUUUCAGAUAUCACUUGCCUGAAGUCUCUGAAAUAAUUCAGUGUCAGUUUUAUUCACGAGUAAAAUUUUUUCUUAAAAGAUCACUCGUACCUCAAGAUGUUCCUAAC